AUGACACGUGCAGAGAUUUCGGCAUCGCAGCGAGCCCUCGUGGUUUUAGAUGAUAUUGAUAAUAGCAAGCAGAUGGAGUUACUGACUUGCAAAAAUUGGGGCGGUCCGGGAAGCAAAAUGAUCGUAACAACUCGCGAUAAGCACGUAUUAAACCUGGCACAGAUAGACAUGGUUUACAAGAUGGAAGUACUUGAAUUUGAGGAUGCUCUGUGUUUGUUCUCUUGGCAUGCAGUUUUGGGGCCCGAGCCAGAUAAAAUACAUAGACAACAGUCGAAAGGGAUUGUGAAGGCAUGUGACGGCCUUCCCCUGGCAAUUGAAGCCGUGGGAGAUCUUUGUGGAUAUCGCAGAGCAUCUGUCACCAAAAAAUUUACGACGUGCAUAUCACUUAUCAGGAGAAAUAAAUAUUUGUGGAUAUAG